AUGCUUUAUGAAAAAAGAAUUGCGCCUGAUAAUUGGGUUCCUCCUGACUUUUUAACUCGUCUCCAGAAAAAUGUAAAUCUACGAACGUUUGAUAUUUCUACUCUUAUAAUUUAUUCGGGAUUGAUUUUUCAACACCUAUGCAGUAUUUGUCUCUUUGUAACGUCAUACAUUUUUCUUCUGUGGAAAUGGAUUACCCCAUUCCAAAUACAAAUAGCCCUUUUAACAGCAACAUGUUUUGGUGCUGCUUUAUGGUUUUUCGCUGUCUUAAAGCCUGAUGAGCAGUCUUUCACUGCAACAUUGAACCCUCUGAGAUCAGGCUUUAUAAUUUUGGUAUUCAGUUCAUCUUUAGCGCCUGUUUUGCAUUCUCUGUUGGGCACCGUUUCUACCGACACCAUUCAUGCAAUGACUUUCGUAUUUCUCCUUCUCAACUUUAUUUCUCUGCCCUAUGCUAACGGAAUGCGUGUCUGUCGCGUUGACGGCACAUCAGAUUCAAAUACUGUUUCCGUGGCAACCGGAUUCUUGGCGUCCCUCUGCAUGUCUAGUCGAUUAGCGGGACCAAAAGAGACCCUUCUUUUAAUCAUAUUCGCCACCUUGAAUUUCGCUACUUGGUCAACUAUUAGACAUCAAAUUCAGGCUCGAAGAGGUCCGGUGGUUCGACUCUCUUUUACUAUUGGAAUGGGUUUGAUUGCAACACUGGGUCUUCUUCCAUUCUUCUAUUAUGGCGAAAUUGAUUAUAUUUACAAAAGACUACUCGCUGGCUCGAUCCUUUUGUCUACUAUUCUUAUCAAUUUUGGAUUCCCUUUUCUCUUUUACAAGAUGCAGUCUACUAAAGCGAAUAUUAAUGGUCCAUGGGAUGAAGCGAUUAUUCAACAUUGA